UGUAAGAACACAUUGUCAUCAUGUGAAAAACUAUUAAAUAAAUGAGUAAAUACAAAUAGUUAUCGAGUGUUAUUAAUUAAUUAUGUACUCAUUUAAGAGGAAUACAACAAUGGCGACGAGGUAUUAACGUUUGAACUUGAAGUAUUAGAACACGUGGUCAACCUUCAAGUCAAGAUGACAGGUGCGCAGAGUGUUUCUGAGAAUGCUGGAAAUAAUGCUGUUGGUGGUUCAGCCGUUGUUGGUAAUAGUCGAUUUUGCAUAGGGAAAAUUUCGGGAUUGCGUCUGAAGGAUGACGAUUUUAAUGCUUGGGUAGAGAGGUUUGAGUUAUAUGCUAACCUUAAUGAAAUUAGUAAACAUAAGAAAAAGUUGAUGUUUUUAACGUUACUAGGGAACGAUGGAUAUUCCUUAGUUCGUGACUUAUGUACUCCUAGGAAACCCUUAGAGCUUAGUUAUGAUGAUCUUAAACAAUCGUUGGAUUAUAUUAACCCCAAACCAAAUUUAAUAACAGAACGUUAUAAAUUUAAAGAGCGUAAGCAGGCGGCUGAUGAGUCUAUUAUUCAGUUUGCUACGUCACUCAAGAAGAUGUCAGAGUUUUGUGAAUUCGCUACCAGUUUGAAUGAGUCCUUGCGUGAUCAAUUCAUAUGGGGCGUUAAGGAUAGUAAUAUUAAGAAAAAACUAUUAGCGUAGGGAACGAUAACCUUUAAAAAAUGUGUGGAAUUGGGUUUUUGCGAUGGAAUCAGCAAGUAAUGACGUCACGAAAUUGGAUCAACAUCAUGAAAUAAAUUACCAUAAGCAGCUCAAGAGUAAAAAGUAUAAACACAACACUGGGAACAAAGCAGCUUCAUCAUCAAAGGAUUAUGGGAAGACUACAACACCAAAUGGCAAUGGAAAAAAGGAUAUGGUUUGUUAUUGUUGUGGAAUAAAGGGAUCAAGCCAUUGUGUAAGUAUAAAACAUAUUCUUGUUCAAAUUGUUCUAAGAUAGGUCAUUUCAAAAAAGUGUGUAAAGCUAAGGUAAAAAAAGUUCAUAAUUUGGAACAAUGUAAUGAUGAUUUUAAUUUGGAUAAUUUGUACAACCUAGAAACUGUAAAUGUUAAUUAUGUUAAACCCUAUUGUGUGAAAUUGAGUGUCCAGGGUAAAGUUGUCGAGUUUCAGAUAGAUACAGGAUCAAGCAUGACAGUUAUAAACAUUGAGGAUUUAAAAAAUUAUGAAAUUGAAUAUAUAAACAAAGUGGAGCAAUCUAAUGUACGUUUAAAGACUUAAAAUAAUACUAUCAUACUGCCUUUAGGUGUAUUAAAAGUUAAAGUUCAAUAUAACAAGGUUUUUUAAAGAGUUGAAAUUGGUUGUUGUUGAAGGGGGUGGUCCGCCAAUUCUUGGUCGUGAAUGGUUAAUGGAAUUAAGUAUUCCACUAUAUUCAGAUAUUUACUCAGUAUUUAAAUUAACUUCAUUCCAGGAUGUGGUACAAACUUUUCCAAGUGUAUUCAAAGAGAUUUUGGGUUGUUACAAGCAUAAAAUGUUCGAUUUAACUCUAAAAAAAGAUUUUAAACCAGUAUUUUAUAAACCUAGAGUGUUACCGUUUGCCUUGAAGGAUAAAGUCAGCGAUGAGAUUGAUAGAUUGGUCGACACUAAGUUAUUAAUCCCUGUAGAGUCUUCUGAUUGGGAUACACCUAUAGUUCUUGUAAUUAAAAGUGAUGGGUUGAUAAGAUUAUGUGGAGAUUAUAGGGUUACUCUUAACAAGUAUUUGGAAAUAGACAGGUAUCCUAUUCCAAGAGUAGCUGAUUUAAUGAAUGUUUUUCAAGGUGCUGCAAAAUUUUGUUCGUUAGAUUUAUGCCAGGCAUAUCAGCAGUUGUUACUGAGUGAGGAAAGUAAAAAAUUAACAACUAUAUCUACUCAUAAAGGUUUGUUCAUGUUUAAUCGGUUACCAUAUGGUAUAGCUUCAGCUCCAGGCUUAUUGCAGAGAGAAAUUGAUAGGUUAUUAAGUGAUAUAUCAGGAACUGUGUGUUUUUUUUGAUGAUAUUGUGGUAGCCGGAUGUAAUGAAAAAGAACUGAGUGAGAGAUUGUAUAGUGUUUUAGAUAAACUUUCUGUGGCUGGGUUAACGGUUAAGAAAGAAAAAUGUUAAUUUUUUAGUGAUUAUCUUACUUUUUUGGGUCACAAGGUAGAUAGAGAUGGUCUUCACAUACCGGAUGAAAGAAUUAAAGCAAUUAAUAAUGUGGCAAUACCUAAGUGUACCCAGGAUGUGAAGGCAUUUUUGGGUUUGGUAAAUUAUUAUGGGAAGUUAGUAGGAAAUAUGUCUACAAUUGCUGGUCCAUUAUAUAUUUAUAUGCGUUGUUAAAGAAUAAUUUGUGUGGAAUGCAAAUUAGAGUAAAGCAUUUACUAAGAUUAAGGAGUCUAUUUUAUCCAAUAAGGUUUUGGUGCAUUACAAUCCUAAUUUGGAACUAAUAGUAGCUAGUGAUGCUAGUCCUUUUGGGGUAGGAGCUGUACUUUCACAUAAAAUGCCAGAUGGUUUAGAAAAGCCUAUUGCUUUUGCGUCUAGGACAUUGAGUGAGUCUGAAAAAAAUUAUGCACAAAUUGAUAAAGAGGCUCUUGCUUUAGUUUUUGCUGUGAAAUAUUUCCACCAGUUUGUGUAUGGUAGGGAGUUUGUGUUGAGGACUGACCGCAAACCCUUAGUUAGUAUAUUUGGGGAUAAAAAGAGGAUUCCUCUGAUGUCGGCACACAGAUUACAGCGUUAUGCUAUAUUUUUAUCCGGUUGUACAAACAAAAUAAAACUGGUUAGAGGUAUGGAGAAUGGUAAUGCUGAUGCAUUAUCGAGAUUGCCUUUAAGUGUGGUUGGGAGUAGCAAUAUUGUGUGUGAUAAUUUUUUCAUUAAUAUGGUGAAUACAAAUAUUAAGUCUACUGGGGAUUUAGAUAUUUGUAAUGAAAUAAAAAAAAUGUAACUACGAGUUUUGUGUUGGUGAUGUAGUAAUGUGUAGAAAUUAUACUGGAGGUGAUGAAUGGGUAAAAGCAGUUAUAACACAAAAAUUAUCUCCGGUCACUUAUAAUGAAAGAUUAGGUGAUGGCAGAGAUUGGAAGAGGCAUAUUAAUCAAAUAAUUGAUUGUGGGUUAAAUGUAGGAAUAAAUGUUAAUGCAGAUCAGAGCUCUAAUGUUGAGGAAAAAGAUAUUAUUGAGGAAGGAGCUAAACAGUUUGGAAAUGAUGUUCAAGGGGAAAGUGAUCAAACUCGGGAUAAGGAUGAUGGUGAAGGUACUAAGAGACCUAAGCGAGUAAUACGUCCACCACUUUAACUUAAUUUGUAAUGUUAAUUAUAAGUAUAUUUAUAUAUGUAUUAUUUGAGUUGUAGUAAAUAUUUUUAUUUAUAUAUUUUAUUAUUUUACUAAUGUAUCUUAAGGGAAGGAAUUGUUAAUUAUAUUUUAUUAGUUCAGUUAUAUUGUAAUUGUAUUCUUUAAAAAUUUAGUUCGGAGGAACUGUAGUGUUCUGUGUUUCUGUUCCAUGAUGGGAACAUUAGAUUACUAUUAUACCAGUUUUGUACCUAACCUAUGUUUUUCAUAUAUAUAUCAGUGUAAGAACACAAUGUCAUUGUCAUCAUGUAAAAAACUAUUAAAUAAAUAAAUUAAUACAAAUA